AUGAAACAUGGUGAAGCAGAGAAGCUAUUUCUUGAAAAAAUGGCUGUUCUUAAUAAAACAUUUCUCUAUUUCAUCCAAUGUUCCCUGAAAGAAAUGCCUGAUGGGGAUCUGUCACCCUGUGUUCGUGAUUAUCUGAAACAUGUCGAAGAACUGGAUCGAACUUAUGGAAAUAUGCUUAACGAGGAUAGUACCAACACGUCCAACGAUAAUGGUAACAAAGAUGAAGUUAUCAAUGAAUUACCGAAAACAACCGCAUCAGAAAAAGAUGUAGGUGAUGGAAGUGAAAUAAUGGUGAAAUCCAACAUAGCUCAAGAAAAAUCUUUAUCCAACACGAUUGCUAUGUUUAGUAACACUACAAAUCCAGGAAAUAUUUCAAAACCCUCUAUUGAUAUAUCUACAACAUCAUCAGCUGGAUCAGAAAAACGAGGAAGGAAAAGAGCGAAAAAAGGUGGACCUGAAGGAGGAGAUGAAGAAGUAAUUAUUACGAAUCAUAAUAGUCCACUUCCACGGCACUUGACAAAUUCAGAAAAAUGCCAUAUCAAAACAACGUCUAAUCAAACUUCACAGUCAUCUUCGCUGUCACCAUUUUUCAAUACCUCUGCGGCUGAAAAUAUUUUAAAACGAAGUUCUGAUAGCAGAGAUGAUUCGAAAGCGGAAACAGAAAGCGGAAGCUCCCAGAAAAAAAGUACAGACGACGUUAAAGAAACAGGCAACAACAAAAUCCCUUUUGAACAAAGUGUGGAAUCAUUCAGCAAGUCUCAUAUAACUCCAGCGUUCUCAUUCUUGAAACCGGUUGCGCGUGAAGGAAACUGUGGAUUUUGUGAUUCUUCGACGACUAAAUUAGAUUUUAAAUUCGGCACACCAUCUGCUGUUCAAUUGGAGCCAGAAAAUGAAAGUGAAGAGAGUGAAUAUGUUCCACCAAAACCAGAAGCCGUAUUGGUGCAAGAGCCGAAAUCGAUAUUCUCCUCCAAGUGUUCGGUAUUUGUGCUAAAAGGAACGGAAUAUGAAAAACUUGGAAUUGGGCAGCUUCAUAUCAAAAUCGAUGAAAAUAAUAGUGUAAAAAAAAUUUUACUCAUCCGUGCUGCUACAGCCACCGGUACUGUGUGGGUAAAUUCGUAUAUCGAUGAAUCGAUGAAGCAUGUGACCAUUGAUGACGUCAAAUUAAGGAUAAGUUGUUUGUCAGGUGGAUCACCAUCAACGUAUUUGUUACGUCUACCGAAAAAAGAAGAUCGUGAUCAAGUGGUCGUAGAACUUCAAAGCCAUAAUAUUUCAACUUGA